CUAGCUCCUGUCAAGCAGAAGCUAGCCGAUGCCGCUUCUAAUAACCGCGUUGGAUCGGCUGCAAUCGCCGACGUUCUCCAGAUCUCCGGCGACCAUGCGCGUCUCGUUCUCGAGACUCUUGGUUCCGUUCUUCAUUCCGAGUCCGACCCUCUGGUUAAGGCCAAACCUGAGGAAGUUGAUUCCGUCGGAGCUGAUUUGCGGGAUCUAAUUUUGUUUCUGUACAUUCAAUCGUAUAAGAAGUUGCUUCCUAGGACGCACAAGGACUCCGCUGCUGUGGCUGAUGUGUGGCCAUCCACUUCAGCUUUUGAUGGAUACUUGUCUGCGUUAUCGCCAAUU